AUGACGGAGAUCAUUCCAGGUUUACAGGGUGAUAUCCCUGCAAAUUCUCAGAUGCAGUUUUUGCGCAUUUCUCUUGAUACAGUUAAAGUGCCUAGCAUACAUCAGUGCUUCAUUUUGGUGACUGUAUUGUACCUUUAUCUGUGUUCUGCACUGUUUCAUGCUAACAGCACAUGGUGUUUUUGGUUGAACAUUCAGGGUUUUGUUAUAUCAGACUGGGAGGGUAUUGAUAGGAUUACCUCGUCGCCACAUUCAAACUACACAUACUCUGUCCAAGCUUCAGUUCUAGCUGGAACUGACAUGGUCAUGGUCCCUAUCAACUAUAAAGCAUUCAUUAAUGAUCUCAUUAACCUGGUCAAGAAUAACGUUGUCCCAAUAGAUCGUAUUGGCGAUGCUGCGGGAAGGAUUCUGCUUGUCAAGUUCACCAUGGGUCUUUUUGAGAACCCGUUGUCUGAUUUCAGCCUACGACAUGAGCUUGGAAGCCAGGAUCAUAGAGAUUUGGCAAGGGAGGCUGUCAGAAAAUCUGUCGUGCUUUUGAAGAAUGGGAAAAGCAGGAACAUUACAGAUCCAGUCAUACCUCUUCCCAAGAAGGUGUCUAAAAUUCUAGUCGCCGGCAGUCAUGCUGAUAAUCUGGGCUACCAGUGUGGUGGAUGGACAAUUGCAUGGCAAGGAUUCAGUGGCAACAAUUAUACAACCGGGACUACGAUCUUUGGUGCUAUAAAAUCAGCAGUCAACUCAAGCACAGAAGUUAUCUACAGUGAGAAUCCUGAUGGUAAUUUUGUGAAGUCCAACAACUUUGCAUAUGCCAUCGUUGUGGUUGGCGAGCAUCCUUAUGCUGAGACCGUGGGAGACAGCCCAAACCUAACGAUGGCGGAACCUGGCCCAAGUAUCAUCAGCAAUGUGUGUGAAAGUGUCAAGUGCAUUGUUAUCGUAAUAACUGGCAGACCUAUUGUAAUAGAACCAUAUGUUUCCUCGAUUGGUGCUCUGGUGGCAGCAUGGUUGCCGGGCUCUGAAGGCCAAGGCAUUACUGAUGUCCUUUUUGGGGAUCAUGGAUUCAGUGGAAAGCUUCCAAGAACAUGGUUCAAAACUGUCGAUCAACUCCCAAUGAAUGUUGGUGAUUCACAUGAUCCACUUUUCCCGUUUGGGUUCGGACUGGAAACUGAGUCAGUAAAGGAGCUUGUAACAAGGUCGACCUCAGCUGGUGUUGUUGCAAGGCCAUGCAUACUUAUCGUCAUGGUUGCUCUGGUUCUCAGCUUAUAGUUUAGAGGUAUAGUUUUGGGUCUAGGAUUAUUGAGUUCUCGGCUUUUCCGAAUUGCGUAGGUUUCUGCUUACACGGUGCCUUUUUCCUCUAAAAGUUUCAGGGAGCUUUUACUAAUGGUAGAUUCCUACAGCAAUUGGAUUUGUUGGCUGACACAGUUUAUGGCAGAAGGAAGGGAAAAGCUUUGAGUUGAUUAGAUUGUGGCAGCCACAAAUUCUGAUUAACAAACAAAUUAUAAGCAUUCAUUGUCGAGCCAUUUUAACGAUUACAAUUUACAUGUAGCAAAUUUGAAUAAUAAAUUAAAUUGAUUUUUGUUUUG